AGCAAGCAAGCAAUCCCCACACCGCUAGAGCUACAGCUUCCACCGGCGUCAAAAGAAAACACCAAUUAUUGCCCCGGCGACUCGACGUCCGGCGGCCGGCGGAGUGCAGAUCUACGGCUGUGCGGUGGCGUGGGCAGUUGGGGAAGAGUACCCUGUCCUUGCUCCCCACACGACACCGCUCCCCGGCGGCGUUGACCGAGCUCGGAGCUGAGGCGAGGCGGCCGGCGGAGUGCAGAUGGCGGCGGCUCUCGGCUCGGCGGCCACGCUCCUCGGCAAGGUGUUCACUAUGCUGUCCGCCGCCCCGGUGGCGGCGUACGUGGACAGCCUGGAGCUCGGCCACAACUCCCAGCAGAUCAGGGCCAAGCUCGCGCACACGCGAGGCCUGCUGCACAACGCCCAAGCCCAGGUGAGCGACGUCGGCCACAACCCUGGACUGCAGGAGCUGCUGCCGGCGCUGAGCAGGAACGCCGACGAGGCGGAGGAUCUGCUGGAUGAGCUCCACUACUUCCAGAUCCAUGACAGGCUCCACGCCACCAACUACGCCGCCACCCAGGCCAAUUUUCUCCGUCAUGCUCGCAAUGCUCUCCGCCACACUGCCACCAGCAGCUGGGCCGCAUGCUUUUCUUGUUCCUCUGCACAAGAUGAUAGUGAUUCUACCAGUGGGGAUGAUGAGUUACGUUUCCACCGAGUGAUCUUCUCCAGAAAAUUCAAGUCGGUGUUACAGGACAUGCAGACGCACUGUGAUUCCGUCUCUGAUUUGCUUGGCAAUAUCCCAAGCAACAGCAUGCCAGUUGCUGUACACCGGCCGCAGAUUGGAUCCACAAUUAUACAAGAUACAUUGUAUGGCAGGAGACACACUUUUGAGGAAACUGUCAACCGUAUCAUCAGCUGCAAACACCCUGUUUCUGUUCUUCCUAUAGUUGGUCCAGGGGGUAUUGGAAAGACAACUUUUGCUCAACAUCUGUAUAAUGAUGCAAGGACUGAAGAGCACUUCCAAGUCAGGGUCUGGGUGUGUGUAUCCACUGAUUUCAAUGUGCUUAAGCUCACCAGGGAGAUCCUUGCCUGCAUACCUGCAACUGAAGAAGGAGGAAGCAGCAGUGUUGCAAAUGAAACAACCAAUUUAGAUCAUCUUCAGAGAUCCAUUGUGCGCCGUCUCAAGUCCAAGAGGUUUCUAAUUGUCUUGGACGAUAUAUGGAAAUGUGACAGUCAGGAUCAGUGGAAAACCUUGUUAGCUCCCUUCACAAAGGGGGAAACCAAAGGAAGCAUGCUACUUGUCACAACUCGAUUCCCAAAGCUAGCACAAAUGAUGGAAACAAUUGAUCCACUAGAGCUGCUAGGUUUGGAGUCUAAUGACUUCUUCACAUUCUUUGAAGCAUGUAUAUUUGGUGAAGACAACAAGCCAGAGCAUUUCGAAGAUGAGUUAGCUGGUAUUGCACAAAAAAUUGCAGACAAGCUAAAGGGUUCCCCGCUGGCAGCCAAAACAGUUGGUAGACUAUUGCACAAGGACCUUUCUCAGAAACAUUGGAAUGGAGUUCUUGAAAAGGGUGAGUGGCUAAAGCAGCAAAAUAAGGAUGAUAUCAUGCCAUCUUUAAAGAUUAGCUAUGAUUGCCUCCCUUUUGAUCUGAAGAAAUGCUUUUCCUAUUGUGGCCUUUUCCCUGAAGAUCAUAGAUUCACUUCUUCAGAAAUCAAUCAUUUCUGGGUUGCAAUAGGCAUCAUAGACUCUAAUCACCAAGGCGAUAGGAAUUACUUGGAAGAACUAGUGGACAAUGGUUUUCUCAUGAAGGAAUUCGAUUGGCGUGGUCAAUGCUGGUAUGUAAUGCAUGAUUUAAUGCAUGAGCUAUCUAACAGUGUUUCUGCACAAGAAUGCCUCAACAUAAGUGGCUUAGAUUUCAGUGCUGAUGCCAUCCCGCGAUCUGUCCGACACUUAUCUAUCAAUGUAGAAGACAGAUAUGAUGCAAAUUUUGAGGAAGAAAUGUCUAAAUUAAGGGAGAAGAUAGACAUUGCUAAUGUGCGGACUUUGAUGAUUUUUAGAGAAUAUGAAGAAGAAAGAACCGCCAAGAUAUUGAAAGAUAGCUUCAAGGAAAUAAAUAGUCUGCGUGUCCUAUUUAUAGUGGUGAAGUCUGCACAAUCUUUUCUGGAUAUGUUUUCAAAACUUAUCCACCUCCAGUACCUCAAAAUUAGUUCACCUCACAUUGACAGGGAAAUGAGGUUACCUAGUACACUAUCAAGAUUUUAUCACUUGAAAUUCCUGGACCUAGAUGAUUGGAAUGGUCGUUCUGAUUUGCCUGAAGACUUUAGCCACCUUGAGAAUUUACAUGAUUUCCGUGCUGGAAGUGAACUCCACUCCAAUAUUCGCAAUGUUGGAAAGAUGAAGCAUCUACAGAGGCUAAAAGUAUUCCAUGUCAGGAAGGAGAGCAUGGGAUUUGAACUGACAGAACUUGGGGCAUUGACAGAGCUUGAAGGAGGACUGAUUAUACGUGGUCUUGAACACGUGGCAACCAAGGAGGAAGCUACUGCAGCCAAACUGGUGUUGAAAAGGAACCUGAAGGAGUUGGAAUUACUCUGGGACAGAGAUCAACCAACUACAGAUGCUGAUAUUCUUGAUGCUCUUCAACCACACUCUAAUCUUAGAGUACUUACAAUUGCAAAUCAUGGUGGUAUGAUUGGUCCUAGCUGGUUGUGUCUUGACAUCUGGUUGACAAGUCUAGAGACUCUCACUCUAGAAGGCGUAUCUUGGAGCAACCUCCCACCUUUUGGGAAGCUACCAAAUCUCAAGGGCCUCUAUUUGAAUAAAAUUUCUGGAAUGCAUCAGUUUGGGCCUCUAUGUGGUGGCGCUCCAGGGAAAUGUUUUAUGCGCUUGAAGAAAGUUGGGUUUUAUGAGAUGCCAGAACUUGCUGAAUGGGUUGUGGAACCUAAUUGCCAUUCCUUUCCAAGUCUUGAAGAAAUCGAGUGCUUCAGUUGUCCCAACCUCCGUGUGAUGCCCUUCUCUGAGGUAUCUUGCACCAAUUUGCGCAGUCUUUAUGUUUUUGGGUGCCCCAAGAUGUCUCUGCCCACCAUGCCUCACACCUCCACACUGACAGAUUUGGUUGUUGGAAUAGGUGAUUCAGAAGGGUUGCGUUAUGAUGGAAAGAAAUUGGUUGUUAGUGGGUAUGGCGGUGCUUUGGCCUCCCACAAUCUGGAUAAAGUAGAAGAUAUGAUUGUCAACAGAUGCGACGGUUUGUUCCCUGAAGAUUUGGAUGGCAGUUUUGUCUUCCGUUCAGUUAAGAAUCUCACAUUACAUGUAUCUCGUCUUACCAGCAGCAAAUCAUCAUCGUCAAAAGUGUUAAACUGUUUCCCAGCUCUUUCUGUGUUGCACAUAGAUCACUGUGAGGAGGAAUGUGUAAUGCAGUUCCCAUCAUCCAGCUCACUGCAGAAAGUUAACUUCUCAUACUGCAAGGGCCUGAUUCUUGUGCCUCUGGAGAAGGAGAAUGGAGGAGGAACUCAGGAGGACAACUCAUUGCUCCAAUCAUUAACAAUAAAGGGAUGUGGCAAACUCUUCUCCCGUUGGCCCAUGGGAAUGGGAGAAUCAGAGACCAUUUGCCCUUUCCCUGCUUCCCUGAAGAAACUUGAUGUCGAAGGAGAGCCAAGCAUGAAGUCAAUGGCUCUGCUCUCAAACCUCACGUCUCUCACCAGUCUAAAGCUAGAGGAGUGCGGUAAUUUAACAGUGGAUGGAUUCAAUCCUCUCAUCGCAGUCAACCUCAUACAACUGCAAGUGCAUAGGUGCAACACCUUAGCAGCAGAUAUGCUCUCAGAGGCGGCCUCUCACUCUCAGAGGGCCAAAUUAUUGCCUGCAGGUUACAUCUCUAGAUUGGAGGUACUUAUCAUGGAAGACAUGUGUGGAUUGCUUGUUGCUCCUAUUUGCAAUCUCCUCGCCCCAGCCCUCCACACACUUGUAUUUGGUUCUGAUGGGAGGAUGGAAAGCUUCACGGAAGAGCAGGAGAAAGCGCUGCAGCUCCUCACCUCCCUCCAGCGUCUAGUAUUUUCCAAAUGCGGGGUUCUGCAGUCCCUUCCUCAAGGGUUACAUCGCCUUUCUUCUCUCAAGGAGUUAUAUGUCAUUGGGUGUCUAAAAAUCCAAUCGUUGCCCAAGGAGGGCCUCCCGCUUUCGCUGAGAACACUCGCAGUCGCCUCCAGCACUGAGAUAUACGAGCAAAUUGAGAAAAUCAAAAGAAGCAACCCAGAUUUAUCCGUCUCGUAUUGCUAACUACACCCAAGACUAGCAGGUUUCACUGUUGCAAUCAAUCUUUUGUGCACACAGGUUGUGAAACCUGCACAUUAAUCAGCAGGUCAGAACAUCGAUGUAAGUAAUGUCUCGCAGUGGGAUGUCCUUCCUUCCUUUAAAGAAGUGGGCUUUGUGGAUACAGCAGCGAAGAGAACAGAGCAUUCCAAAGACAUCCAAAGUGUGCAAAGGUGCGAGGUGCUUGCUGGGAUUCAGCUUCAGCCUCGCUCGCAAGACUUGACAAGAAAGUUUUGUGUAUUCGCCGGCCUCUGUAAAUGAAAUUGGUACGGCAGUAGAAUUGUGUUUCUUCUACAGUCGAGUAAAUUCCUUGCAUUUUGGAACAAGUAGAAACUCUAUGGGAUGGGCCCAUUUCUGAACAAGUAGAUACAUUAUUAUUAUUAUUAUUAUUAUUAUUAUUAUUAUUACUACUAAAAA